AUGACGUGUCGGACGUGGGGCCAGUACAACUUCGAGACCUUCGACGGCCUCUACUACCAUUUCCCCGGCCGAUGCACGUACACUCUGCUGAAGGACUGUGAGGAAACCACCCAGGCCAGCAUCGUCGUCCAGACAGAUCAGACUCAACAGAACAAAGUAAAUCCUCCAGACGAGAAGCUGCCCAGAAGGUUCCGGUUCGAUGCCUGCUCCAGUGGAGGAAAGGUGGACUCUGUGGCGUCCUGCUCUAAAACACACUCUGACUCCUGCGAGGUCCACAAUGACCCGGGCUGCAGCUCGGCGCCCUACAGCUGCCAACGAUCUGUCAGCCUCUUCCUCCCGUGGGACGGGGAGGUCCGCCUGCACGCCACCAACGUGACCUUCAAGGGCCAAAGUUUGCAGCUGCCCAAUCACAUCCACGACCUGCAGCUGGAGCAGAUCUCUCAGUACGUCCUGGUGACGCAGCAGCACGGCUUCACGCUGGCCUGGGAGGGGCGCAGCGGCUCCGUCUACAUCAAACUCAGCCCCGAGUUUGUGGGCCGCACCUGCGGCCUGUGUGGGAACUUCAACGCGGACGUCCAGGACGACCCGAGGACCAGUUAUGGCUUGCUGACUCAUGAAAUAGAAAUGUUCGGGAAUAGCUGGGUGGAGACGGAGCCACACGAGGCCCGAUGUCCCAUGGUGCUCUCUGGCUUCUCUUCACCCUGUGCUGCAGUCGAAGCUAGUGUCCUGCUGAAAUUGGAGGAGGUGUGUGCUAUGCUGCUGGAUCCGCCAUUUCAGAGCUGCCACGACUUUGUCAGCCCGCUGUCCUACAUGGCCAGCUGCUCCAACGACCUCUGCAUGUCGGGUCCCAGCGGGGAUGUGGUAUGCCAGGUGUUGAGCGAGUACGCCCGGGCCUGUGCCCACGCUGACCACCCACUGCACGACUGGAGGCAGCACAUUCCUCAGUGUGCGAAGCAAUGUCCCCUUGGUCUGCAGUACAGGGAAUGCAUCAGCUGCUGCCCGGCGUCCUGCAACCUGGAGCGGACAUGCAUCGACAGCAAGCUGGCAUGCCUGGACGGAUGCUACUGUCCUGAUGGUCUGAUCUACGAGGACGGAGGCUGUGUGACACCCUCUGACUGUCCCUGCGAGUACCACGGCAUGUUUUAUCCAUCUGGACAGACACUGCAGGAGGAAUGCAACAACUGCACAUGCGUGGGUGGAGUGUGGAACUGCACCGACUACAGCUGCCCAGGCGAGUGCUCAGUGACUGGCGAUAUGUAUUUUCAAUCCUUUGACGGGCGGAUCUACACAUUCCCGGCAACAUGUCACUAUGUCCUCGCCAAGAGUCGCAACUCGGGAAAGUUCACAGUCACGGUCCAGAACGCCCCCUGUGGAGCCAAUUUGGAUGGGGCCUGCAUCCAAUCAGUUAACCUGGUCAUAGACGAGGAUCCAAGAACGGAGAUUACACUGAGUCACGUUGGCGAGGUCUUCAUGGCCGGACAGUACCGCAUCUCCCUGCCGUAUUCUGACGACGUCUUCCACAUCCAGGAGCUGUCGUCCAUGUUCCUCCAGGUGAAGACGGCCUUUGGCCUGCGUCUGCAGUACAGCUGGACGGAGUUUCGCCUCUACCUGCAGGCCGACGAGCGUUGGAAGGACGACACGGUGGGCCUGUGCGGCACCUUCAACGGCAACAUCCAAGAUGACUUCCUAUCUCCGUCAGGGAUGAUAGAAAGCACUCCUCACCUGUUUGGAAACGCCUGGAGAGUCUCGUCGGCCUGCUCGAGCAGCCUGAGCGCGCCUCAGCUCGACCCCUGUGACACACACCAGCAGGCCGUGACCUAUGCCUCGGAGAUGUGUGACGUGCUGAACCAGGAUCUGUUCUCCGCGUGCCACGAGUACCUCAGCCCGACAUCCUUCCACCAGCAGUGUCGCUCGGACACCUGUAGGUGCGGGACGCCGUGCCUCUGCUCCGCGCUGGCCCACUACGCCCGCCACUGCCGCCGAUUCUCCAUCAUCGUUGACUUCCGAUCGCAGAUAUCCGACUGUGCGGCCGUCUGUCCCGCCAGCAUGCAGUACGGCACCUGUGUGUCGUCCUGCCAGCGCCGUUGCUCCGCCCUCUCCGUCCCGCAGCACUGUGGGGAGGAGUGUGAGGAGGGCUGUGUGUGCCCCCAGGGAUCCUUCUACAACCAUCGGACACCACCACUGCGUGCACAGGGGAGGCGGCCUGAUGGCGGGGGGGGGGGUUUCAGGAGCGAGUGUCCCUGCAGCUUCCUGGGAACCGAUUACGAACCAGGAGACGUGAUCAUGACGUCAGCAGGUGUUCAACUCUGCCUGAACGGUAAACUGGUGUCCCAGUCAACACACGGUGACAUGUUGUGUCCCGCUGGUCAGAUCUACCAGAACUGCUCCGAGGGGGACGAGGGCCUCCUGUGGGGAAGGGGCGUGGCCUGCGAGCGCACCUGCGAGUCCUACCUGCUCAACCUCACCUGCUCGACACACGAGCCCUGCGUGGCCGGAUGUAGCUGCCCCCCCGGCUUGCUGAAACAUGGAGACGAGUGCUUUGAACCUGCCUCCUGCCCCUGUCUUUGGAAAGGAAAGGAGUAUUACCCCGGCGACAGAGUCUCUUCCCCCUGCCAUCAGUGUGUUUGCCAGCACGGGACGUUCCAGUGUGUGUUUCGUCCAUGUCCAUCCAUGUGCAUGGCUUACGGGGACCGCCACUACCGGACGUUUGAUGGACUGCUGUUUGACUAUGUCGGUGCAUGCAAAGUCUAUCUUGUAAAGAGCAGCGGGGAUGUGAUGCUCGGUGUAACGGCCGAGAACGUCGACUGUUUCGACAGCGGACUCAUCUGCAGGAAGUCUCUGCUGAUCAACGUCGGCAGAUCCUUCGUAGCAUUCGACGAUGACUCUGGGAAGCCAAAUCCAUCCAGUGUGAUUGACAGGAAGCAGAGGAUGUACAUGUGGCCAGCCGGGUACUUCACAGUGGUUCAUUUCCCUGAUGAAGACGUCACCGUCCUCUGGGACCGCAAGACCACCGUCCACAUCCAGGUCGGACCUCGCUGGCAGGGGAAGCUAAGUGGGCUGUGUGGUAACUUCGACAUGAAGACUGUGAACGAGAUGCGGACGCCGGACAACAUCGACUCCCCGACUCCACAGGAGUUCGGAAACAGCUGGACCGCAGCAGAGUGUGUGAACAGUCCAGAUAUCAGACACCCCUGCAGCCUCAGUCCUCUCCGAGAGCCUUUUGCCAAGCGGCAGUGCGGCGUCCUGCUCAGCGAGGUCUUCCAGCCUGCCACCCGGUGGUGUUAUAAGUCGGACCCAUACGUGGACGUCACCUGGUUCUACAUGAACUGCCUGGCGGACACGUGUGCCUGCAGCCGUGGGGGCGACUGCGAGUGUUUCUGCACCAGCGUGGCGGCCUACGCCCAGCGCUGCUGCCACCAGGGCGUCCCCGUGGACUGGCGCUCCCCGUCCCUGUGCCCAUACGACUGUGAAUUCUACAACAAAGUUCUGGGUAAAGGCCCCUUCAGGCUGAUCACCUUCAGGGACCGGGCCACGCUGUUGGCGGCCAGCAGCUCCAGCGGCUCGGUGUUCCUGCAGUGGGGCAACCUCAGCUUCGCCGCCCCCCCCGGGGUCCUCUCGCAGUUCAUGAUGACGCCGGGCCUCAGCCGAGCGCGCCCACACGACACAUCGCGGGUUUCCUUCGAGGCGGCCGAGCGACCAAACUACUUUCUGCAUGCGAGUCCGAGCGGCCAGGUGAGGCUGGCCAAGUGGGAGGAGAGCGAGGCAUUCUGGGACGGAGCCACCUUCGUCCUCCACAGGAACACCUGGAUCCCCGGCUACGACUCGCUGGAGUCCCACGCAAAGCCCGGCUUCUUCCUGCACGUCACGCUGGCCCGCCUCCACCUGCUCAAGUACAGACACAUCGACAGCUUCCGCAAGGCCACGCUGUUCAGACUCACGGGCCCCAGCCCAGAUGCCCCGCCCGGUCCACGUUGUCAGUGGCGGUACGAUUCCUGCGUCAUCCCCUGCUUCAAGACCUGCAGCGACCCGUCAGCUGACGCCUGCGUCACCAUCCCACAAGUGGAGGGCUGCCUUCCCGUCUGCCCCCCACACAUGGUCCUUGAUGAGGUCACUCGUCGCUGUGUCUUUGUUGAAGACUGCAUUAAGAUCCCAGUUGCUGUGCAGCCUGUGACUCCAUCCACUGCUCAGCUGACCUCUGCAGCUGUCACUUUUGCAACCACGGAAAGCACUGCUGCCUCCACCACACCCCUCCAGACCUCCAUCACCACCACGGCAUCCUCAGCCCCUCCACACACUGGCCCCACUGCUAAAAUCACCACCACUGCUCCUGCCGUGAUCACACAGACGUCCUCAUCGGAGGUCCAGCCGACCCGCCCAGUCACCGUCUCUCCUUCCACAGCUGCUGAACUCUCCACAACAGCAGGACCCCCAUCUCCUCCAACAGAGCCCCCCGCUGUCAGGCCAGAGGUGGAGGAGCCUCUGUCCACUGUCAGCGUGACUGAAGUCUUGUCGACUACCACUGUCGCAGGUACAACAGCAAGGACGACCGUGGGCCCCAGCACGUCCGGGCUGAGCAGCACUCCCCUCUCCGUCACGUCUCUAUUCUGGCUCACCUCCUCCACCAAGCCCACCCACUUCCCCCAUCCGCUCUUCACCACCACCGCCACCCCCCUGCAGCCGUCUCCAACAGCAGCACUGACCACAAGCUCUGUUGAAGGGUCAACCACCAUAACAACCCCUCCUCCUGUUGUCGCACAAACAACCAAAGAGAUCACAGAGGCUACAACACAUUUAGAAGCAGUCACUCCGAUUGGAACCACUUCUAGUCCAAGUCUUGUUCCAGUCUAUGAGACGUCUACAGUUACAGACAGGACUACCGUAACCAGCACAGCUACCACUGCAUACACAGACACCAGCACAACGCCGGUAACAGUGGAGCAACGUCCCCCAACGACAACUACACCCAUCCCUUAUGGUUUACCAAGCACAGCCUCUACAACCUCAGCUCCUGUGGAAACAGGAGCCGUGUCUUUGACUACAGUUGCUUCACCUACAACCACAGAAUCAGAACCAGUUGCACCUUUCAUCACCAGUAAAACAACAAUGUACAUAAGUCCAGAGACAACAUCGCCGCCGGCUACCACAGAGACAAUUCUGCACACCACUCCCGCUGAAGUGAAGACUUCUACAACAACCGUUCCUGAGAUUCCAACGUCUACCCUGGUCCAUGUUGCACCUACUACACCCGCACCAUCUGCUCCUACUUCAGCUGGACUGGAGUGGAAAACAACAACAGAGAAAGUGACCAUACUUGAAUCAACAGUUUUUGAAAUACCUAUAGCAACCACAACGGCUGCACCUCUAUCUCCAAAGAUUACAGACACCACAACUUCUCCUUUGUCCAAAUCCACACCCUAUGCUGAGAGAACCUCCUGGUCUGCCGCGGUCCCAACGGUGGAGACAACCACUCAGACCACAACUCCAAGACAUACAGAAAUUUCAGGGAUGUCCACCAUGUCCACAGGUCCCCCUGUCACAACAAAACCAACGGUGACACCAGUGUUUCCUACAGAAACCACCGCUGUGCCACGUUUACCAAAAACAGAGAGCUCCACCCAUCCUACGUCUACCGUGCGUACCACAGAGUUGUUUCAUUGGGAGACCUCCUCCACUCCAGUCCACAGCCCCACAGUGAAGACUACACCAGGGCUCACUUCUGAAACUGUCAUCCAUGAUUUCACUUCUACGAAAACUACAGAAGUGCCUCGCCUUCCUGUGACGUCAAAGCCAAUUGUUACCUCUGCGACAUCGGCUGCUGCAGACACAUCCAAAACCACAACGUCUCCUUAUAUCUCAACUGCAGAAAUUGUCACCACCACAACUAGGCAACCAGCUACACCCUCGACUUCACCUGCACCGGGUUUUCCGGAGACACUUCUCACCACCAUCCCUACAAGAGCUCCACCGGGUGUUGUCACCACCACGCUCAGACCCGUCGUCCUGCAGCCCGUUACAGAGACGACACAUCCGGCGACUGGCAGAGUGGAGGUGUCUACGAGAGCUACGACCACGCCGCCUCCGUCUGGGUCUCCGCUGCACACAACUGCUUCCACCGCAGCUCCGAGGCCAACGGCUGUCCAGGAGAAAGUCACCACCCGGCUGGUGUCCACCGCAAGAGCUACACCUGCUACUACAACUACAACCGUCGCACGAACGACCACCGUCAGAACAACACCCAGAGUUCCCGUCACAACAACAGUUACACCCAGAAUCACGUCCACUGAGAGCUCAACCGUCGGGCCGGUCACUGCAAGGGUUACCAUAGCAACAAGGCCCCCAGCAGUAAUCUCCAGCGCAACCACUCUCGGCCCACCGACUGUCACACCGAGCCCUGGCAUGACAACAACGUCAGGAGUGGCGCCAACAACUGUCCCAACGUCCGCCGAGUCGUUCACCACAGCCAGCGUGACUGAACGCGUCGACACAAGCGGAGAAGUUACCACCGUAACCGUACCUUCAGCCGUCCCCACGACAACCGCCGGAGAGUCAGCCACAUCUGAAAAAACCCUGACGACCAGAAAGAGUGAAGUGUCACCAUCCACAUCCCAAGCGGUGACGCCUCCACCUGACACACACCUGAUCUCCACCCAGACGCCUGAUGUUCCCACUCCGACCUCACUCCCAGCAGCCACCUCGGUCCAAACUGAGCAGGACAGAGUCGAUCGCACCAGUCCAGGUGCGACGACGCAACAUGCACCGGCGUCGCCAUACACACCCCUGGAAACAACCAGACACGCAGAGGGCACAACAUCCUUGACUGUAUCAUCUACAAGGAUUUGCACUCCUCCCUAUGCAGAGAUUGUGGAUGAAUGCACAAAGUACAUUUGCAUCAACAACCAGCUCGUCUUGUUCAACAAAUCUCAGAGCUGCCAGUUCACCUCCGACCGUCCAAACUGCGGCCUGCUUGGCUUUGCCAUCCUGGUCAAUGGAGACAAGUGCUGCCCAAAGUGGGACUGUCCAUGUCGCUGCUCGAUGUUUCCGGAUCUGAAUGUGAUCACAUUUGAUGGGAGCAGCGUUGCCAUCUACAAGGCCGCCUCAUACAUAGUGACCCAGCUGCCCAAUGAGACUGUCAGUGUCCUGGUUCAGGAGUGUCCUGCCGACUCAGAGUCACCACUCCUCUGGAAUUUCACCAACCUGUGUUUGGUGGCAAUCAACAUCACGCACAAGUCAGACCAGAUCAUCAUCAACAGGCUGCAGAGGAGGCUUUACGUCAACUCGCGGUACGCUAAGCCUCGAUUCAAAAAGUUUGGAUACGAGAUCUACGACACAGGCAACAUGUACCUGAUCCGCAGCCCGGCUGGUCUCAAGCUGCAGUGGUACCACAGCACCGGCAUGAUGGUGAUCGACAGUGGCAGCUCCCACAACAAGCUUCACACCAUGGGCCUCUGUGGUUUCUGUGAUGGAGACCCAACAAACGACCUGACGCUGGCCGACGGCACCACAGUGGGCUCAGGUGAAGAUCCGGCUGUUUUCAUCGACAGCUGGCAGGUUCCCAACACCACCAGCUACGUCAGCCACAGCCGCCGCCGCGAGCUCAACUGCUCCACCAGCGACUGCUCCGUCUGCCUGCUCAUGCUGCAGAACGCCGCCUUCUCCCCCUGCCACACCUUCGUCCCGCCGAGCACCUUCUGUGAGGUUUGGGUACGAGAUGCAGAGUACGUCAACAACCAGUGUGUGGCGCUGGCAGCCUACGCCACUUCUUGCCACAAAUUCAACAUCUGCAUUGAGUGGAGGAGUCCAGAUCACUGCCCCUUCGUGUGUCCUGACAGUCUUCGGUACCAGGCGUGUCUGCCGGCCUGCACGUCUCAGUCCUGCCCCAACAACGACUUUGACUCGGACCCGGACCAGUGUUCAGGCGUGACCGAGGGCUGCGUGUGCCCCGAGGGAACGCUCCUCCACCGACCCUACUCCGCCCUCUGCAUCUCACCUGAGAAGUGUGCCUGCACUGACAGCUCCGGCGUCCCUCGUGCCCACGGCGAGGUGUGGAAAGCCUCGAAGGACGCCUGCUGCAUGUACCGCUGCGACAACGACACCAUCGUCCCCGUGGAGUACAACUGCUCCAACACGGCGGCGCCGGCGUGCCAUCGAGCAGGGGAGGUGAUCAUCAGCCUGGCCGACGACACCAGCUGCUGCCCGCAGAAAGUCUGUGUGUGUAACCAGAGCCUGUGUGACCUGCUCCCUCCUGGGUGUAAGUACGGCGAGAAGCUGGUGUCGUACUACAGACAGGACUCCUGCUGUCCCGACUUUGUGUGCGAGUGUGAUCCUGAGCUCUGUGAGUCGGACGUUCCCCCCUGCAGAGACGACCAGGCCGUGAUCGCCACCAGAGCCGACGGCAGCUGCUGCCUUGCUCACAUCUGCGUGUGUUCUUCCUGUCCGGAGACCCCCCCUCUCUGCCAGGCCGGCGAGGUGCUGACGGUGGACGCUAACACCACGGACCGCUGCUGCCCCGCCUACCAGUGUGUGUGUGAGCCCUACAGGUGUCCUCUGCUUACUUGUCCUGUUGGGAUGUCGGUGGUGUCCGUGUCCAGUCCGGCUCGCUGCUGUCCAAACCAGACAUGCGAGUGUUCCUGUGAAAAGAUCGCCUCCCCAAAAUGUGGCCUGGGCGAGGCCGCCCAGCUGGACCGGGCCUACAUGUCCGACCCACAGAACCAGUGCGCCUGCAAAAGAUACAAGUGUGUGCGCGAGCACGGUGUGUGUUUUAGGUGAGCGCGGCGUGUUGCGGCCGGGUCAGAUCUUGGUGGAGCACCAUGACGACGGACGUGUGUCACAGCCGCAGUGCAGCCGCAGCCUGGACCCGGCCAGCGGCUUCCACCUGCUGCGCACCAGCCGCGUCAACUGCUCGCCCCACGACAACCGAAUCAGAUCUACAUCCCCCCGAAGGACCAGACGACAUGCUGCGGUGUUUGUAAAAAUAUUUCCUGCCUCUACGAACACGAGAACGGGACAACGGUUCUCUACAAGCCGGGGAAGUCCUGGGUGUCAAACUGCGUGAAGUUCGACUGCGCAGACACUCUGUCCGGACCCACGCUCAUCACCUACUCCUACAGCUGCCCCCCCUUCAACGAGACAGAGUGUAUGAAGGUUGGUGGAACUGUCGUUAGUUACAUGGACGGAUGCUGCAAGACAUGCAAAGAAGACGGGAAGUCGUGUCAGAAAGUGACGGUGCGGAUGACGAUCAGGAAGAACGACUGUCGUAGCAACAGGCCGG